GUCAUGGGUUAGGGCAGUGGAUAUGCAAUUUCGGUGAGUUUUGGAAGCUCGGUUGCUAAUGCAUGUUCGACGCACAUUAUUUUGAGCGCACACAGGCCAUCCGAGGCAAAUAUGCAUUGCCUGCUGCUUUGCAUAGCUUUCUUUGUGGCAUCUACUACAGGGGAUGAAAUUAGAGAUGUAAGGGUCGAGGUCGGCCGUGCCCUGGAGGCCAUGGGCGAGUGGCUGCAGAAUGAAGACGCACCUGGCACAGAGGAGGAGCGUGCCGCCCUCCAGGAGGUGCUGCUACAGAUCACCAAGAUUCGCGCGAAGGACGCCGACCUCGAAGAGCUGGACCCGUACAUCUGGGACAAGGUCGCCGAAGUGGCCACAAGCAUCGCCAAAAAGGUUGUCAUCGCAUUCGUCACCCAGCAAGCGAUCGGUCUCAUUGGCGGCGCCAUUGGCUGAUACAUCCAAACAGACGUGGUGCUCCAUAGUAUUCCUGGCAAUCUGAAAGAUUUCUUUGUAAGCUCAUUUAUAAAGCAAUAACAAUCACUGCAA